UCAGCUCAGGAAGAAAAUGGGAAUUGGGUUGAACAUCAACUAUCCAUCACCAAAGUUGCACAAAGCAGCUGAGAUCACACCAACAACCUGGAAAAAACAUGCAGUCGUUUCAGCUAGUAGGACUAGUGCUUGUAAUGAUCAACAUUGGGAUUUCUGUUACGAGACACUACAAAAAGUGUCCAGAACCUUCAGUGGUGUGACUAUGCAACUCUCACAACCAAAACUUCGCGAUGCGGUUUGCGUUCUGUAUUUGGCACUUCGAGCUGUCGACACAGUAGAGGAUGACAGUGAGGUUCCGGCAGAUGUUAAAAUACCCAUUUUAAGGAAUUUUCAUCGUCAUAUUUAUGAUAGAGACUGGAAGUUUAUAUGUGGUGCGAAUGGUGAUAAAGAAAUAAUGCAAGGGCAUCAUCAUCUUCAUUCCGCCUUUAUGGAUCUUGAAACCAGGUCCCAGAAAAUAAUCGAGGAUGCCAUCUUAAAUACAGGUGAAGGAAUGGCAAAAUUUAUUCCUUCAGAGAUUAAAACAAUGAAUGACUAUGAAGACUAUGCUAUCCUCACAAAUACCCCGUGGAUAUUUGGGACUUCGAAGCUCUCCCAUCUCUUGGUUGGAGAAAAUUUACCCCCGGAUGCAUUCUUCUAUCAAGCCGCUUUAUUACAGCAGCUUUCAAAAUUGUCAUCUUGUUCAUUUUCAAAAUGA